AUGACGCCAUAAGAUGGCGAAGCAGUUAGUAAACGUAAACAUAAGACGAAAUUGGUAAUUUAAAGACAAUUACAGUUUGGAAAUUUAAUGAAAUAACUAAUUUUCAACUCUAAGAAACGAAAGAAAAGGCCAGUUUAUAGUUUAAAGUUUUUAUAACAACAUUGAAUCAUGAGCAUAAAUAUUACCGAUAUUUGUGAAAAUACCAAAAUGGGCCGUGAAUAUGCCCUUCUUGGGAAUUAUGAGACCGCAUUGGUCUAUUACCAAGGAGUUGUACAGCAGAUUCAUCGACUACUUCAAACAAUUAACGAUUCUAUUCGGAAAGAAAGAUGGCAACAGAUUCAGCAACAAGUAGCACAAGAGUAUGAAUUAGUCAAAGAUAUUCCGACGGUGUUAAAUGGUUUCAAGUCGGACAAUCAUACCGAUCGGCCCAUCGUUACUCGUCAAACUUAUGACGAUCCUUCGAUUGAUCCGGACAUGUGGGCACCACCAAUUAAUAGAGAUCCAGAUGUGUGGCCACCUCCAACUCCUGUGGAGCAUAAACCGGGACCGCCAAUAAGACCCACCCGUCCGAGGCGUUCAGAAGCAGCAAGGCCUUCGGGUGGCAACAAAGCCGGAAAUGUCAAUAAUAGAGCUGCCAGCGACAAGAGUAAUAAAAGAGCAACUAAUGAAAAGGCUGGAAAGAAAGAAGAAAAAACAAAGAAAGGUGGUAAAGGGGAGGAAUCGUCUAAAGAAGAAAAGGAGGAAGAACGAAAAUUUGAUGGUAGUGGCUAUGAUCGAGACCUCGUAGAGAUGUUGGAACGGGACAUCUUACAGAGAAAUCCCAAUAUUCACUGGGAUGAUAUUGCAGAUUUAGAAGAAGCAAAGAGGUUGCUGGAAGAAGCUGUUGUAUUGCCCAUGUGGAUGCCUGAUUUCUUCAAAGGAAUUCGCAGACCCUGGAAGGGAGUGUUAAUGGUUGGUCCUCCAGGAACAGGUAAAACAAUGUUGGCUAAAGCAGUAGCUACGGAAUGUGGUACGACGUUCUUUAACGUCUCAUCUUCUACUCUUACUUCAAAGUACAGAGGAGAAUCUGAGAAACUUGUUCGCCUUCUUUUCGAAAUGGCAAGAUUCUAUGCACCUAGUACUAUUUUCAUUGAUGAAAUAGACUCUCUGUGUUCCAAACGUGGGUCGGAUUCAGAGCACGAAGCCAGUAGACGAGUUAAAUCCGAACUGCUAAUUCAGAUGGAUGGUAUAACAAGUAAUAGUGAAGAUCCAAGUAAAGUGGUGAUGGUGUUGGCUGCUACUAAUUUCCCGUGGGAUAUUGAUGAAGCCCUGCGUAGACGAUUAGAAAAGAGAAUCUACAUUCCACUUCCCACCAGAGAAGGCCGAGAAGCGCUGUUAAAAAUUAAUCUUAGAGAAGUGGAAGUUGCACCCGAUUUAGAUAUCACAGACAUAGCAGCUAGUUUGGAUGGAUAUUCUGGUGCUGACAUAACUAAUGUUUGCAGGGAUGCAUCCAUGAUGGCAAUGCGGCGGAAGAUAGCUGGACUCACACCUGAAGAAAUUCGCAAUUUGGCCAAGGAGGAAUUGGAACUGCCGGUCAGCCCCGCAGAUUUCGAAGAGGCUAUCAGAAAGAUAAACAAAUCUGUCAGCAAGGAAGAUCUCGAACGUUACGAAAAGUGGAUGGCGGAAUUUGGUUCCACAUGAUGCACCAUUUUACAUAGA